ACCCUCAUGUGCCUACCCAUUUGGACACAUCACCACAAAAAGAUCAUUCAUCUUUGUGUUUGGAAAAAAGACAAGAAUUGUUCUUUAAAAUUAAAUCCUCUCCAACUAUAAAUACAAAAGCAAGGUGAAAGAGCUGGUUCUAAUUGAUGCCCCUGCCUCAAAAUGACUGGUGUGGUUAGUGUGAAGAACAGUGUUGAUACAGGUCAUGAGGACAUGAUACAUGACUCACAAAUGGAUUAUUACGGGCAGAGACUGGCUACAUGUUCGUCAGACAGAACUGUCAAGAUAUUUGAUGUAUCUGGCCAGCAGACGGUGCUACUGGCCACACUGACUGGUCACGAGGGACCAGUCUGGCAGCUCUCCUGGGCUCAUCCCAAAUUUGGAAAUAUUCUUGCGUCAUGUUCUUACGACAGAAAGGUUAUCAUAUGGAAGGAAACUAGUGGAAAAUGGUCGAAGCUUCACGAGUUCUGUGAACACAAGUCAUCCGUUAAUAGUAUACAGUGGGCACCUCACGAGUUGGGGCUGGUCCUUGCGUGUGGUUCAUCUGACGAAUCAUUCUCCAUAUUAUAUAGGACAGGUGAUGGUAAUUGGCAGUACUCAAGACAGGAAGGAGUACAUACAUUAGGGUGUAACUCCGUGAGCUGGGCACCUUCCGUUAAUCCCGGCUCUCUUGUUGACGGUAAUUCUCGUGCAGCUCCAUCAACUUGUAAGAGACUAGUGACAGGUGGCGGUGAUAACUCCGUCAAGGUGUGGAGGGAGGAGGGGGACAGCUGGAUGAUGGAGGAUAAGCUUGAGGGUCACACUGACUGGGUCCGUGACGUUGCAUGGGCUCCAUCGAUUGGUCUCCCUGUCAGUAGAAUAGCCAGCUGCUCUCAGGACUGUACAGUUAUCAUGUGGACUAAGGAUGAGUCUAGUGGAGGGAAAUGGACCUCUAAAGUACUCAACACUUUCCCUGAUGUUGUGUGGCACGUCAGUUGGUCAAUCACAGGUGACAUACUGGCUGUCUCGGGCGGAGACCACAAAGUGACGCUGUGGAAAGAAUCCAAUGAAGAUGAAUGGGUCUGUGUGAGUGAGAUGGAUAGAGGAGUUGAACGAGUCUCUUGAGUUCAUAAAUAAUAAUAUUAUCCUUUUCAUAUUGUCUGUCUCUCUCUCUUCAUUAUUAUUAUUAUUAUUAUUAUUAUUAUUACUAUUUUCUUUUACUAUUGUCUCAUAAUUAUUACAAUUAUACCUCAAUAAACUUAUUACAA